AUUUCAGUUAAAAAUAGAAUGAAUUUAGAAAUUACUUCGCUACCAUCACCGUUAAGAGUAAUUGUUGUCAACCCUCUUGUGCCAGCGGCACAGUUAAUUGCUGUCAAAAUUUUAUCUGGUACUGUGUUCGGAACCAAUCAACUAAUUGAUCUUACUCUUUUGGUUUAUUCAAAUGAAUUACAGAUGGCUGAGGCUUUCAUACUGGAGUUGGAAAAUUGUGCUUUUUCUUGUGUGAAUUCCAUGCAUACGUCAUCCAAUUUACCGAGUAUUACAGACGCAGACGUAUUUUGUUUCAUAACUAAUUUUCCCAAUCCAAAUUGUAUCGACUUUUACAACGUUAUUACUGAUGAAAUGUUCGAUUCAUUUUACUUAAUUAUAAAAAUUGCCAACAAUUUAUUUGGGCCUAUAUCGAACAUCGCGGAAAUUGUAAAAGAAAAUGUAAUAAACAAGAAAAAUAUUAAAUCUGGGCAAAAGCCCAUAUUUAUUGCUGACGGCUUGGUAGCGAUAGACAUUCUAAAGUCUUUGUCAACAAAUGUGCCGUAUGAUGUAUUUUUUUGUCCGACACCUUUGACGUCUAUAGGUAAAAAUAUCCUAGGAGAAUAUUUAAAGGUUGAAACCGAUGAAAUCAACGACUUGCUUGUAUGGGCUGCAAACGACAGUGUGUUUCAUGUAGAAGUAGAGAAACCAUUAGUUAUACAAGACACAAUUAGCGGUGAUAACUGCGACUGGAAUUUGGUUGGAAAAGAUGUAUUAAGAAAAACAAAUUUAGACCAUACACAAUUUAAUGAGUCUUGGUUGAAGAAAGAUUUUAUAGAAAAGAUGGAGUCGUUUGCGUCACGGAAUCCCUACGGAUGCAUAUAUAAGGCUUCUCAAAUUUCCAAAACUUUGCAAGACAUUUGGGCGUCACGUUCUACAGAAUGUGAAUUGAAAUCUUAUUGCAGCAUGGGAGUCAUUAGCGAUGAAUCACUGGGGACAAUAAAAGGCCAUCCCUAUGUACUUCCGUUAAUUUUUUCUGGAGACCAUUGGUGUGUAAAUGAAAGGUUUAAGGAGAACACUCAUCUCAAAAUGGAAAUUAAGAGGAUUAAUAAAGUGGCCCAAGAGCAGCACGAAAAACUAAUUACGUACUGCAAACACUUUUUACAAGAGAAUGUGCUAAAUCAAGCUUUUAUACCGAAUGACGAAAGCUCGGCCAGUAGUAUCACGAUUGAUCGGCUCAGCAGGUUUAGUGAAUGACCUUCAAGAUUUAUCUAUAAUAUGUUUUUUUAAAUCCUUGAGUUUAUUCGAUUUGAUUUAAUUCUGAAAAUAAAUU